CGCUUGCGGCCCAUGGGUUUACCCCAGCGGAAGUGCUCCAUGGAGUAAGACCUCCUCUCGUCAUUAUUUAAGGCCCAUGCAGUCUAUCAAAUCCAGGCAGCGGCCGUCUACAUAUGGGCUGUGAAAACACAAGACUGCUGCAGCCAAAAGCCAGGAAGGACAGAGCAUCUGAAAACCAGGAACAAGACAAAAUCUCAUCAUUUCUUCCACCCCUCAGGUACAUGGCAACCCCUGAAGGCUGAGAGAUGAUCAGGACAUCCGCAGGAAGUGGCAGGAUGCUGCGUGUCCUUUUGACAUACCCGGAAACUAAUGGGACGCCGUUUUAGUCAAAAUGAAACUCAGAUUGGACAGGAAAUGAAGGAAUCCAAUUACACCGGAUUACAAGGAUAAGAUGCCCACUCUGCAACACAUAAGGUGUAGAGAGAGAGAGAGAGAGAGAGAGAGAGAGAGAGAGAGAGAGAGAGAGAGAGAGAGGGGAUGGCAGCAUACGUCUAUAUUUCCUCAGAAGACAAACAAAACAUCUCCAACAAUUGAAGCAGGUGAAUUGCAUUGGAAAAGUUGACAACUGAGUCGUAGAUCGUGUUCCUGUGUGACAAGCUCUUCCCAAGACUUGAGACUGGAGGUCAGAGAGCUUGUACCCUGGCCUUCUCCCCCAGGGUCCUUCCAACGAGGCGGGAAGGGGGGUCAGCCGAAGCGAUCACAUGGAGGACAGGCUUCUCUCGCCCCUUUUGCUGGCCAUAUUGUUUCUGGCAACAUGUGCGAGCGAUGAUGGCCACUCAACGCAAACACAUCAGGUCAGUACGGCUCAGUGUGGCGAAUACAGCAACCAGGUCCUGGAGGACGGCAUGUGCCGAAUCAUGGCCACGUUGCCCCAAAUGGACGACCAGCGGUGCCCGGACAUGUUUCGCUGUACGGAUGAGGUUUCAUACUGGCUUCAUGAGAAUGAGGAACGCAAACAGCAGAUUCUAGCCCUGCGGGAGACAGUGUCCGAACUUCAGGAGGAGCUUCGCAACCACCGUCAUCGAGUCAAAGUGUUAGAACUACAAAGUGAAGAGAAGAACCGCAAUAGUUCAUCUAUUGAGCAGCGCUUGCAUGAGCUGGAAGAUCAUUACGCCGAGGCCACGACCCUGUUGCACAUCCAGGGCUCCUUGAUCUACGACCUCCAGGCACAGAUCCAAAACCUUUCCCUGCUCGUGGAAAAAGUCCGACGUAACCCCGGCUGCAUGAUCAACAUAGUCCGCACCAGCCCUCUGCUCAGCGCUCAGGAAGCCCUGCAUCCCGAGGUGCAGCAUGUCAGGAACUGCCCCAUCGACUGCGCUUCCAUCUACUAUAAUGGAGUGCGUCGUUCUGGGAUCUACACUGUUGUGCCCUCACUGGGGGCCAUGCCUGUGGAAGUCUACUGUGAUAUGGACACUGACAGUGGCGGUUGGACUGUGAUCCAGCGUAGGCAAGAUGGCUCCGUGAACUUUGACCGCAGCUGGAAGGAGUAUAAGGAAGGCUUUGGAGACCUGCACACUGAAUACUGGCUGGGAAAUGAGCACAUCCAUGACCUGACCAGCCAGGGAGACUAUAUGCUCCGUAUCGACCUGGAGGACUGGAGCGGGAAACACAAGCACGCUGUUUAUCAGAAAUUCAGUGUGGAGGACGAGGCCACUCAGUACCGUGUGCAUGUGACGGGCUUCAGCGGGACAGUGGAGGACUCCUUCAGCUGGUACCAUGACAAGCAGGGCUUCAGCACACCCGACACGGGCAACAUCUGUGCUGAGAUCUCCCACUCCGGCUGGUGGUACAACCAGUGUUUCUAUGCAAACCUCAAUGGCAUCUACUACAAGGGCGGCCGCUACUCUCCGAAGGGGAAGAACCCUCUUGGUCCGGACGGUAUCGUUUGGUACACCUGGAAAGAUUCUGAUUAUUACUCUCUGAGGAAGGUCAGCAUGAUGAUCCGACCCAAAACCUUCCGACAGCAUCUGUCACCCUGAAUCGGGCCCGACCAAUGAGCUCGGGCUCAUGAUGUCAACCAGCCAAUCACAGUUUAUACCAAAGAGUGAAGACUAGUGAAGGACUGCUGCUAAAACAGGAAAGUCAGUGUUUGCCAUUCAGUACAUGCCUAUAUUUUAUAUACCCAUGGUUUUAACAUUUUGUUGACUUAUUUUAUAAAUGUGUAUUAAAGUAGAUCUCCCUUUUACUAAAAUAGCAACAAUCAUCCCACUGCAGUUGAUGGCAUCACCGUAAUGACCCCAAACUCUUUAGUCCUUUUCUUUUGAAAUAUAAAAUAUAUGUUUAAAAUAUUGCAUAAUCAUGUCGACCCCAAAAUUGGCUUUUACUUAAAGCUACACUGUGUAACUCUUUUAGCUAAAAACACUUAGUUCUUUCAAAAAUAUAU